AUGCCGGAGAGGGCCCCCUUACGGUAUGGAGAUAUCAAAGGGCACGCGAAGGGAUCCACAAGGCCACCAGGACCCACCGAACCCCCUGACUCCAUCGCACGAGGCAAAAAACGAAAACGCGACGAAAGUCAACAGAAGCCCUCCACAGAUCGAACAAUACCUUCCAAGACAAUGGCUACUAUCCCGAAGGCGCAGUCUGAGACAGUUUCAAAGCCAAAGCUGCCCAAGGUGAAUGGAUAUGCCAAUGGCAUCCAAAGGCCGGCGAACGACCUCAUCCCUCAUGGUCCUAAGAAGGCAUGGAACUCAGACAACCGCGACCGAGGAAACGUCCAGAAUGGGGUCUCGCAGCAUGGAAACCUCAGAAAGACCCGCGAAACACUCCUUGCCUCCCGCAAAUCCCUCCCGAUAUGGUCCCACGCCGACGAGAUCCGCCAGAGCCUUCGCGACUCAAAUGAUGUCUUGCUUCUGACGGGUGAGACUGGUAGCGGAAAGAGCACACAGGUCCCACAAUUCCUCAUAGACGAGUCUUGGUGCACUGGCUGUAUCGCCAUAACACAACCGCGUCGUAUGGCAGCCAUAUCCUUGGCGCGUCGUGUUGCGGAGGAAAUGGGCUCUCCGCUCGGCUCCAGGUCGCCGACGAGCAAGGUCGGAUACUCCGUGAGAUUCGAUACGUCUUCGUCACCGGGCAUGAGGAUAAAGUUUUUGACUGAGGGAAUGCUGUUGCAAGAGAUGCUAAGUGAUCCGUCGCUGAAGAAAUAUAGCGCUGUUAUAGUGGAUGAGGUACACGAGCGGAGUGUGAACGUGGAUCUGCUGCUGGGCUUUCUGAGGAAUUUAGUGGUUGGAGACAAGAAGGGCAGGGGUGGCAGACCGCUGAAGGUAGUGGUUAUGAGCGCGACGCAGGACACAGAAGCUUUAUGGAGGUUCUUUGACGCCGGUUUUACGAAGAAAGGCACACAGAACGGAGAAUUGUCCAAGGAAAUGAAUGGCAAAUCAAAGAAACAUGAAGAUUUGGACUCCUCUUGGUCGGGCAUCUCCUCAUCUGGAGAUGAAAAGUCAGUUGCAAAGCGAAACCCAGGAAAGCCGAAUGGCGUCCUGAAGACGAACAGUAAACCUCACACCAAUGGCGUUACGAAGAAGGAAUCAACUCCAGAGCCAAUCGAAGUAUUUUCUGAUAAUAUGUCUAUAUGCUACGUCAAAGGAAGGCAAUAUCCUGUAAAGAUAUCUUAUCUACCGGAGCCAACGCAAGACUUUGUAGAAGCUGCUCUAAAAGCCAUUUUUCAAAUCCAUACAAAAGAACCUCUACCGGGAGAUAUUCUCGUUUUUCUUACGGGGCAAGAGGCCGUUGAGAGCUUGGAGAAGUUAGUAAAUGACUUCGCACCGGGAAUGGACGAAAAUGUUCCGAAAAUCUUAGUGCUUCCACUUUUCGCUGCGUUGCCGCAGGCUGCUCAGCAACGUAUCUUUGAGCGUACUCCUGACAGGACCCGCAAAGUUAUAAUUGCCACUAAUAUCGCCGAGACCUCUGUUACCGUACCUGGUGUCCGCUAUGUUGUUGAUGGUGGCAAGGUUAAGAUCAAGCAGUUCCGGCAUCGACUAGGGCUAGAAUCGCUUCUAGUGAAGCCCAUUUCACAGUCAGCUGCCAUUCAGCGGAAAGGUCGUGCCGGACGUGAAGCUGCCGGCCAUUGCUAUAGGUUAUACACGGAGAAAGACUACCUAAGCCUAGAGCCCCGGACGCUACCGGAAAUACUGCGAAGCGAUCUGAGCCAUUCUCUUUUGACCAUGAAAGCUAGAGGCGUUGACGAUGUACUUGGGUUUCCCUUCUUGGAUCCUCCUCCUAGGGAAUCUCUUGAAAAAGCACUACUUCAACUCCUUCAUCUUGGAGCUCUGACUGAGACCGGCCAAAUUAGCGAGCUCGGAUUGAAAAUAGCGAGACUUCCCCUUACGCCGGUCCUUGGACGCGCUGUGCUAGAAGCAGCUGCACCGGAAAGAGAUUGCUUACUGGAUGUCAUUGAUAUCAUCGCUUGCUUAAGUGUGGAGAAUAUCUUCAUCGACCUUAACUUCCUUACCGAGGAAAAACGAGAGGAGGCAGAGAGCGCUCGACAUUACCUACGUCGCCGAGAAGGUGACCACAUGACAUACCUGGCAACAGUCCAGGCGUUUGCAGCCGAGCAUGCUGACAGGAAGGCAUGGUCGCAAAAGCAUUUCGUGUCUCACCGGACUAUGCAGAACGUUAUGGACAUUCGUAAACAGCUCCGUCAGCAAUGUCUCCAAAUGAAGCUUCUUUCCGCAUCCACCGACCUCGAUGCUCCUCCGGCACCAUCCGAGGCACGCACAAAUGCGAUUCUGCAUUCUCUCCUCCGAGGCUUUGCUUCAAAUACUGCUCGACUAAUGCCAGAUGGCAGUUACAGGACCAUGAUUGGGAAUCAGACCGUCGCGAUCCACCCCAGUAGUGUGCUGUUUGGGAAGAAAGUGGAAGCGAUUGUAUUCAGCGACUUCGUGUUCACUACUAAAAGCUUUGCGCGUGGGGUUAGUGCAGUACAGCUGGAUUGGGUGAGCGACGUUAUAGCAAGCCUAUGA